AUGGGUGGCCCUAAUCUCGAGGUCUUUAAGUUCGGCAUGUACAUCCUCUUUCCCAUCGGCAUAAUGUACUACUUUGGCACAAACCUCGACUCGCGCUUCAGUACACCUGAUUUCUGGCCAAAGGAAGGUCAAACGCACACCAUACCGUUCGAGAGGGAAGACAUCAAGGUCGAACUCAAUAGAUUGAAGCAACGACGACUUCUCAACCGGGCCAAGAGAAUGGAACUCGAGCAGUCGGGACAAUUGCCGGAGGAGAUCACGAGGAAUCGAGAUGAGGUUGAGGCGAGAGGGGCGAGGGAGAUAUUGGGCGAGGUCAAGACGGUGGAGCCGGAGAAGAGUCAAUUCGCGAGGGAGGGUGGGAAGGGCUGGUUUGGUUGGUUGAAGUGA